AUGGAUAUUCCGGGGGAGUCCUUGGAAAAAAGGCCGUCUGUGAAGGCUGCAUGCAACGAACACCACGUCGAGGCAAAACCCAAGAAGUUCUUUCAUCUGGCUAAACUCAAGAAAUUCAUCGCUGACAAGAAGGCCAAGAGCGCCGCAGAGAAGAAGGCCGAGAAGACAGUUGAGGGGAAGGCAAAGGCUGACAAGGUCACGGAUGCGAAGAGCCUGAAGGUGUCCAAGACCGAGGCGUCCGAAACUGCUGCGGAUAGGACUGUGGAGUCCUCGCUUCCCGAGACGAGCGAGAAGCUCCACCACAGGCACCAUCACUACAGGCCCAAGGCCGAACGCAAUGCUGCUCGUAAAGCCCCCAGGAAAUCGCGCAAGGCCAAGUUUGCUAAGGAGUAUGGUUUGACCUCGGAAGAUGAUUUUUUGUCUUCAAGAAUCUUUGAUUUGAAGAAGGGGUAUGUAACAUUCUCUAAGACGAUGGACUGUAUUGUCCAAAACACUAUCAGCGAUACAAAGGAUGAUUUCACUGGAAACACUCACCUUUAUGGUCGUUUUGUAUAUGCUUUCGAGGCCGUACGCGUGUGGCUGUGCAGAAACAGGGGCAAAGUUGUUGAGCUUCACCACAUUUACCUCCGAGUCGCAACCACAAUGCCUCAGACUCUGGACUAUGACCACAACACCUACCUCGCCGUCACCCUCUCUACAGCAUCUCAUACUCGCUUUCAACCUUCGUCGCUGUCGGCCGUGCACCCCUCCUUGACGUACCAUGGGCAAGUGGGCGAGCUACACGACGUGCAAUUAUUUGCCGUUCCCAAGGCUGACUGGGAUCAGGUUGGAGAAGAUAUUCUGGCCGUUUUGAAGGCCAAGGAGGGUGUUUUGGGUGUUGAUGUUCAGGUGCCAAAGCAACGGGUCAAGCGGGGCAGCGAUGAGUUGUAA